CUCUCUGGACAGAGGGAGGGGAAGUGGCCAGAAGGGGAAGUGUGAGGAGUUCCCCUCGGCCUGUCACCAGUCUCCUCAGGCCUUCGGAGUGGUGGCCCUCCGGCCCUCCGCGGCCAUGGAGCCUCUGGAGACCCCCGUCAAGGAUGGCAUCCUGUACCAGCAGCACGUCAAGUUUGGCAAGAAGUCCUGGCGGAAGGUGUGGGGUCUGCUCUAUGCAGGUGGCCCAUCAGGCGUGGCACGGCUGGAGAGCUGGGAAGUCCGGGAUGGUGGCACGGGGCCAGCAGGUGACAGGUCUGCAGGUCCUAGCCGACGGGGAGAGCGGCGGGUCAUCCGCCUGGCCGACUGCGUGUCGGUGCUGCCAGCUGAUGGUGAGAGCUGCCCCCGGGACACUGGUGCCUUCCUGCUCACCACCACCGAGAGAAGCCACCUGCUGGCCGCACAGCACCGCCAGGAAUGGAUGGGCCCCAUCUGCCAGCUGGCCUUCCCGGCCACAGGGGAAUUUUCCUCCGGAUCAGGGGAAGCGGAGGCUCCCAAGCGGGGCCUGGUCCCCAUGGAAGAGAACUCCAUCUACUCUUCCUGGCAGGAAGUGGGCACAUUUCCGGUGGUGGUGCAGAGGACAGAGGCAGCUACCCGCUGCCAGUUGAAGGGGCCCUAUAUCCUGCUGCUGGGCCAAGAUGCCAUCCAGCUGAGCGAGCCAGGCAGCCCACAGGCCCUCUACACCUGGCCCUACCACUUCCUGCGCAAGUUUGGUUCCGACAAGGACGUGUUCUCCUUCGAAGCUGGCCGCCGUUGUGACUCAGGCGAGGGCCUCUUCGCCUUCAGCAGCCCCCGAGCUCGAGACUUGUGCGGGGUCGUGACUGCGGCCAUCGCCCGCCAGAAGGAGCGGCUGCCUGAGCUGGUGGGGCCUCGGCCCUGCCCCCUGCCUCGGGCCACCUCCCUGCCCUCACUUGAGCCUCCUGGAGAGCUGCGGGAGUCCCCAGGGUCUGAGCCUUCAGACUCUCGUAGGGUGCUCCUGGCCGAUCCUGGACCACAGAGCCUGCCCCUGCUGCCCCUGGAGUCUGGGCUGUACGCUGCCGUGUGCAAGCGGACCAGCGGGCCCCUGGCCGGUGCUGAGCACCUCUACGAGAAUCUGUGUGCCCUAGAAGCUGGCCCUGUGCCACCCGACCUGGGGGACCCUGAGCAGGAGGGCCCUGGUGGCUUCAGCCCCCCAGCCAGCCCCAUCUACCACAACAGCAAGGACCUGGGCUGGCCUGGCCCAGCCCAUGAAAGCAGCCUGGAGGCCCAGUACCGACGGUUGCUGGAGCUGGACCUUGAUGACAAUGGCGACGAGGCCGGGGUCUCUGGCCGCUCUGGUGCCCAUUCAGGCUUCAAGGCCAAGUUGGUGACACUGCUGAGCCGAGAGCGGAAGAAGGGCCCAGCUCCCUGCGAUAGGCCCUGAACACCUGGUGUGACCUGGCUUGGGACAAGAGGGUGGGCAAACAAUGGAUAUCUGGGGACACAACUCUGCAUCCGCUCUGGCCUUUGGGGCCAAGGCAGGUGGCCUGAGGAGCCCUGCCAGCCCUCCAGUGUAUAGUGUACAGGUCUGCUGAGAAUAAAGCCUCUAGCUCCC